GGCUUCUGGGCUGUCCGCUGGGCCCGCACUUCCCAUUCCCUCACACUCCGCAGAUGCCGGUGGCCGUGGGUCCCUACGGGCAGUCCCAGCCAAGCUGCUUCGACCGCGUGAAGAUGGGCUUUGUCAUGGGUUGUGCCGUGGGCAUGGCGGCCGGAGCGCUCUUUGGCACCUUUUCCUGUCUCAGGAUCGGAAUGCGGGGUCGGGAGCUGAUGGGCGGCAUUGGGAAAACUAUGAUGCAGAGUGGCGGCACAUUUGGCACAUUCAUGGCCAUCGGAAUGGGCAUACGAUGCUAACCAGGACAGUGGUUGCCCACUACAUCUACAUCUUCCUAUCCACCCUGGCCCUUGUACCAUAAUAAAACAAAGUCUUUUCUUCGCA